UCUCAUCAGCUGACCUUAGAAGUAACCGCGCUCUCUCUCUCUCUCUCUCUGUGCUCCAAAAUUCGAAGAUUCAGACAAUUUUACUCCACGAUCAGGUCACUCACUCAAUCCACCGAUCGAUCUCCAAAAUCUCCAAAAUUCAAAUCUCACAGAGUUGCGUUUCUAUCAAUUCAGAUUCAGAAUUUCUUCCUCAGUGUUAAAAAAAUGAACAAUAGCUCUCCUUACAUGGAGGGCUUACCAACAACAUCUUCGUCUUCGUCUUCGUCUACGAAAUCAGAGAGGCGUUGGAAAUCAAGGUCUUUCCAAACUUCCAAACCCUCCAUCGUCAUGGCCUUCUUCUCUUCUCUCGCCUGGCUCUACGUCGCUGGCCGAUUGUGGCAAGAUGCAGAAAACAGAACUUUACUUGCUAAUCUUCUCAGGAAGAACGCAGACCAGAGACCUAAGGUUCUUACUGUUGAAGAUAAGCUAAUGGUCCUAGGAUGCAAGGAUUUGGAGAGGAGGAUCGUAGAAACUGAGAUGGAAUUAACUUUAGCAAAGAGCCAGGGCUAUCUCAAAACCCAGUUGCAGCAAAGUGGCUCUUCUUCUGGGAAACGGCUUCUUGCUGUUAUUGGAGUUUAUACUGGAUUUGGGAGCCGGUUGAAGCGAAAUGGGUUUAGAGGGUCUUGGAUGCCAAAAGGUGAUGCGUUGAGAAAGCUUGAAGAAAGGGGAGUGGUCAUACGUUUUGUAAUUGGUCGGAGUGCUAAUCGAGGUGAUAGCUUGGACCGCAAUAUUGAUAAGGAAAAUGGCCUGACAAAAGAUUUCUUGAUUCUUGAAGGUCAUGAGGAGGCUGAAGAGGAGUUACCCAAGAAAGUGAAAUUCUUCUUUAGUACAGCAAUUCAAAAUUGGGAUGCAGAUUUUUAUGUAAAAGUUGAUGACAACAUUGCCCUUGAUCUUGAUGGUUUAGUUGAACUUCUUGAAAGCCGCCGUGGUCAAGAUAGUGCUUACAUUGGAUGCAUGAAGUCUGGAGAUGUGAUAACUGAAGAGGGAAAGCCAUGGUAUGAACCUGAUUGGUGGAAAUUUGGCGAUGAGAAAUCGUACUUCCGGCAUGCAUCUGGUGCACUUUUUAUACUAUCAAAAAAUUUGGCUCAGUAUAUUAACAUAAACAGUGUAUCUCUAAAGAUGUAUGCUCAUGAUGAUAUAUCAGUGGGGUCAUGGAUGAUGGGUCUCCGAGCAACGUACACAGAUGACAGCCGUCUCUGCUGUAGUAAUUCGAGACAAGAUAAAGUGUGUUCAUUGGCUUGAUCAAAGGAGAUUGCUUCAUUGCCAUCAUAAACCGGGAUAUUGCAUUUGGACUGUAAGGAUGAUUUUUGCAGGCAUCUGACAACAGUGAGGAUUUAUGAAGCGCUGGCAAAUCAUUCUUUUUAGUGAGGGAGGUUCACAGUAAUUCUUUUAUGGGAUAAAAAUGCACAAGUUGACUGAAUGAUAAACUGCUGGGUGUUGAAAUUCUUGGUUGUGUAUACUUAUUGUCCAUUCUUUCAGCAAAAAAAAUUGUAAUUUUGCGUUGUGAAUAUUGAAGUGUGUUGGCUAACUUGAAAAAAUGAGCAUUUACAUCAAAGUUUUUGUUGUUGCAUAA